AUCAUUUACAUGACGUGUAUGUCACAGAUAUCAACAACAGACGUCAGAAAUAUUUGAGUUUCAUACAUUAAUAUUUAAAAACUAUUUAAUAAGAUAAUAAGCUGCUCGUAUUUAUUCUAAAUUAUACUUGUUGAAAAUGCAUUCUGUUCUUCAGCGCGGAAAUGCAAUAGUGGCGUAUACCAUAAGUGUUUUAGCAUUUUUAACAUUUACUUGUUUUGCAUCCACGUUUUUCUUAGAUUACAGAACAAACGCUCAUAUUAAUACGGUAAAAGUAGUUGUGAAAAACGUCCCAGACUAUAGUGCUUCUCGACUUAAAAAUGAUCUAGGAUUUCUAACAUUCGAUCUUCAAACUAAUUUAACUGAUAUUUUUAAUUGGAAUGUAAAACAGCUGUUUCUGUACCUGACUGCAGAAUAUGAAACUCCUGAUAACAAACUAAAUCAAGUAAUCUUGUGGGAUAAAAUAAUUUUAAGAGGAGAAAAUGCUGUGCUAGACUUUAAAAACAUGAAUACCAAAUAUUACUUUUGGGAUGAUGGUAAUGGCCUAAGGGCAAAUCCAAAUGUGACACUUACUUUGACUUGGAACAUAAUUCCAAAUGCAGGGCUCCUUCCAUUUGUUACUGCUUAUGGUUCUCAUUCAUUCAAGUUUCCAAAUGAAUAUACGGUCUCGAGAAUGUAAUACUAGUUUAUAAUUUAUUGUAUUAAUAAAAACCUUUUUAAGAAUA